AUGGCUGUGGAGGAAGAGAAAGGUCUCCUAGGCACCAGCCAAGGAUGGAAGAUAGAGCUGAAAGACUUUCAGGAGAAUUAUAUGCCCAGCACCUGGCCCAAGGUGACGCACCUGCUGUAUGAGAUCAGGUGGGGUAAAGGAUCCAAGGUGUGGAGAAACUGGUGCUCAAACACACUCACCCAACAUGCUGAAGUCAACUGCUUGGAAAAUGCCUUUGGGAAGCUACAGUUCAAUCCUCCUGUGCCCUGCCAUAUCACCUGGUUCCUGUCCUGGAGUCCCUGCGGCCAAUGCUGUAGAAGGAUCCUGCAGUUUUUGCGGGCUCACCCUCAUGUAACCCUGGUGAUCAAGGCAGCCCAGCUGUUCAAGCACAUGGAUGAACGCAACCGACAAGGUCUCCGGGACUUAGUGCAGAGUGGAGUUCAUGUGCAAGUCAUGGAUCUACCAGAUUACAGGUACUGCUGGAGGACAUUUGUCUCACAUCCACAUGAAGGAGAAGGUGAUUUUUGGCCUUGGUUUUUCCCUCUAUGGAUCACUUUCUAUACCCUGGAACUCCAGCAUAUUCUGUUGCAGCAGCAUGCUCUCAACUACAACUUGUGA